GGAGACUACUUUGACAGUUGUGAGGUUCCGCAGCCUGGAGUAGUUCAACCUGCAGCUAAAACAGUGUCCUUUAGAACUAUAGUCUCGACGAAACCAGUCGUACCAGGGAAAGUCACUAGUCUUUAUUCAAGACAUUUAGUUUAUAGCUUCUCGUGGCGAGUUAGAGAUUUACUUCAUACCUGGAGAGAGCACCUGUGAAGGAGCUGUCCUGUUUAUUCGUCUAGCCAGUGCGGCUUCUUCCGGUACUGUGAGCAAGCUGGAUUCCCGCAGCUCCUCACCAUGUCUGGCGGGUUAUAGAUAUUCCAUGGAGCAACCAAACCUCUAUGAGGUCGCCCCACGACCCCUAAUGACCAGCCUAGCCCAGAGCCAGAGUCAGCAAAGCGCCUACUGCUACAAAGACCCCUCCGCUGCUGGACCCGGAGCAGGAGGAGACCUCGGCGAGAUCUGUGAGAACGAAAACUCCAUUGACAUCAGCGCCUACAUCGACCCUGCAGCCUUCAACGACGAGUUCCUGGCUGAUCUAUUCCACAACAGCUCGAAGCAAGAGAAACUCAAGCUGGCGAACAGUGAGUACGAAUCCUACCCCCACGGGGUGAGCUCUGGCUCGGGGGCGCACCACCAACAGCAGCAGCAGCAGCAGGGCUAUGGUUGUAUUCCCGGGUAUAUGGACACAUCUAAACUUGAACCCAUUUACGAUAACCAGUCCACGAGAAUCAGACCUGUGGCGAUAAAGCAAGAGCCCAGAGAAGAAGAUGAAAUGAGCCAUUCUAUGCCUCCAACCUACCACCAUUCCCACCAGCAUCUCCCACAGCACCUAUCCCACCUUCAGUACCAGAUUGCGCACUGCGCGCAGACGACCAUGCAUCUCCAACCGGGACACCCGACGCCUCCACCGACGCCCGUCCCGAGUCCACACCACAGGGAUGGCAGCAUGUCCUCCGUUGGAUCCAUGAAGAUGAUGGGACGCGACGACCGAGACCGGGGUAAAUCCAAAAAGCGCGUCGACAAGGCCAGCACGGAGUACCGGUUGAGGCGGGAGAGGAACAACGUCGCGGUGAGGAAGAGUAGAGACAAGGCGAAAAUGCGCAAUGUUGAGACGCAGCAUAAAGUGAUCGAGCUGGCGUCGGACAACGAAAGACUGCGGAAGAGAGUGGAACAUCUUACCCGAGAACUGGACACAUUAAGGGGCAUCUUCAGACAACUUCCCGAUGGAUCUUUCAAACCCAUGGCCAACUGCCAGUGAACACGGACUAUAGUAGCUUUUACAUUGGGACUUUUAAACACUUACUUGUACACGUCUCCUGGAUAUAGCCUCUACACGCUAUAGAUUGAUCUGACAGAUUGUGACUACAACAGUUUGUUUCUUCAGGAGAGACAGGGCAGCUGAGGUAUACAAGCCUUCUGUACUUUAAACAAUAAGCUCAUUUCUCCACGUUUAAACAGUGGACCUGUGUUGUGUGUGUGUGUGUGUGUGUGUGUGUGUGUGUGUGUGUGUGUGUGUGUGUGUGUGUGUGUGUGUGUGUGUGUGUGCCUUUUUAUUACAUAACAUUGUGUGUUUAGCCACGCAAAAACAACAUAUCAGUGCAGCUGAAGGAACAGGGGCAUGAUUUUCACAAUAAUCACUAGCCUGCUCGAUGUUCAUGUUUUAACGUUCGCAUCUCAAUACCAUGUUCUUGUCUUACUAAACUAAACAUGUGUGCAUUUGACUUAUAGAGCUACAGUAUAUUAUUAAACUGCAAAGUGCACACAGCUUUCCACAUAAUUUUUUUGUUUGUUUUUUUUGUGCAAAACAAAACAAAUCUGAGCGGUGAUCAGAAUGUUUCCAUGUAUUUGCUGUUCAGACAUUAAGACCAUAUAAAGGUGACAGCUAGAACUCAUAUCCUGCUGCUGUCUGCUGCGUCAGCAUUCACACGUCGGGGAGAUCUAUGGACGGAAUUAAACGCCGCAGCAAACGACUGCAAACGUGUUAUACUGUGGUACCUGCUUCUUCACGAGCAGUUUUUGUCGCGCGCACUAUAAAAUGUCUUCAAAAUACAACGGAAUGAGGCACAUUUUGUAUUUCUUCCAUAUGUUUUUGGGUACUAAUCUGAACACGCCUCUCAGUGUAAAUAAAAACUCUUUAUAAACUCAAAGCUUUCUAUUUAUGUAUAAUUGAUCUUUUAUUUUUUUUUUAUGUGAAAAGGUUCCUCUUCACUCUUAGAUAAAAGGGUUCUUCGGCUGUCUCUGUAGGAGAACCAUUUUUGGUUCCAGGUAAAAACCCUUUUGUGUUCCAUGUACUGUAGAACCCUCUGUGGAAGGUUCUACUUAGAACCGUAAAGGGUUCUACCUGGAAUCAACAAGGGUUCUUCAAAGGGUUCUAGAUUGCACCUUUUUUUUCUUCAAGGAAAGUAUAACUAUGCAAUUUUUGUUGCCCUCGUCUUCUGUCUGAUGAUUUGACACGAAGAAGAUCCAACCCUUUGGCCUGUUUUCUCACUGGUUCAGCUGUGAAAUACUGUUUGAAGCUUUGCUUCUCCACAGUGUCAACUGGACUGUCACUGUUCUUUUUCCCUGAGCCCCCUCUUCCUUUACAAGCCUGAUGUCAUCAUGCAGUGCCUUUUGACUUCUCUCUCUCUCUCUCUCUCUCUCUGUGAAGUAAGACUUUGGACUUUACCACUGGCUGAGACUUCUCGGAUUCUAUACAUGUUCUAGAAUGUUCUAGACUCUUCUUGGAUUCUAUACAUGUUCUAGAAUGUUCUAGACUCUUAUUGGAUUCUAUACAUGUUCUAGAAUGUUCUAGACUCUUAUUGGAUUCUAUACAUGUUCUAGAAUGUUCCAGACUCUUAUUGGAUUCUAUUAAACAAAUGCUAACAUAUAGAGACUUUUACAUUAAUAAGGAAAAGGAAGCACUUUUUAAUGUUUUUUUUUUACAAUGCUAAUGUUGCCAAUGUUAUAGAAAAAAUGUUUAAAAUGUAAAAAUGAACCUAUAUGAUGACAUUAUGAAUUAUAAUAAAAGAGCAGCGUCUCAUUGGAA